AUGUACAUCCCUGACGAAGUCUUGAUCGACAUCCUAAUAAGACUACCCGUAAAGUCCCUCAUUCGGUUUAUGACUGUAUGCAAGUCAUGGAGAAAUAUGAUCGGACGCUUGAGCUUUAUUGGUGAACAUCUUAAUAGGAAUCUCAACAAUCAUGCUCAUACUUUUCUAGUGGCCCUCCACAACAAUGGAGGCACAGGAGACACUGGCUACUCUCUUCUCUCCAAUGAAACAUUUGAGGUGUGCAUUACUGUUCAACAUCGAAGCCGAAAACCUUUCGGGAUCUACGGUUCCAGCAAUGGCUUGCUUUGUCUGUCGUAUGAAAAAUUGAACCUGAACAAUCCUAUAUGGAUAUAUAACCCAUCACUUAAGAAACGUGUGACCCUACCAAGGACCAGCUUGUUGGCAGCUCCUUCCAGGGAGCGGCAUGUCGUGGCGGCCUUUAUUCGGAUAUGGCAUGACUCUUGCAUUCGGGUUCCACCCUGGUGUGAAUGA